AUACAACAUUAUUUAUUAGAUUGCACUGUUUAUAAACGGGCAAGAAGACAAAUGAGGAAAAAAUUGAGCUUUCUAACUCAGUUUGACGUUAAGACAUUGCUAUUGUAUGAGACUGAUAGAGAUGAAGAUCAGAGAUUGAUUAUUUUCAAUUCGGUCGUUGAAUUUAUUGAGAAGACGAGGCGUUUCUAGUCCUCGACUUUCGCACUUUUCGUUUACAUUUUUAUUAUUCAUUAUUAUUGAAACUGGCCCCGAAACUCUCGAGUGAUUUACCCCUAUCCCUUCUUGUUUUUCCGUAUCUUCUUCACCACCAAUUAUGAAUUAUGGUCCUUUUAUUUAAUUUGCUAUGCGCUGUAUGGCUUCGGCCGCUUGUGCUACUCUCCAUUCUUUAAUAAAAGCUUAAACUAAGUCGAAUUGAUGUUGGGUUUUGAGGGAGAUUGGAAUACUUGGUCGUGAAUUGGUAAAUUUUCAGCAAGACUCAGUUCACUUAGUCAAUUUACUUCUGGGCCCUAAAAAAACUUCGAAUCGAAAACCGAUCCUAAAGAUGAAUUGGCCAUCUUGUAGAGAAUUUCAUGCUCUAUCGAAAUACAUAUAGACUGAAAUGCAAUCUGACUUUUAAGUUUGUGAAUCUGUAUCCCAUUCAGUAUUUAGCCAUAUAAAAGUUUGGUCGUUUUUUACCAAAUAAUAGUGAAGAUAUGAUUUGGAUGUCUUUCAAUUCAGUUUUUCAUCGCCUAUCUAGCAGUGGUCGAAUGGAUCUUAUCUACUGUUUUAGUCAAGAGAAUUAAUUACAUUACUAGUUGGAUGGGAGAGCAAGAUUAUGAUGGUGGAAACAAAAUUUUUUUAACUUUUUUCGCUUGCGAAUGACAGAAUAAUAGAAACAUGACUUAUCUAAUAAAUUUAGCCAUUGGAAAUGGGAAAAUCCGAGUGGACCGAUUCUCCUUCUAAUGUUCUCCCAUACUUUCAGUGUAACAUCAGUCAAAAUCAUUUUAGCUUAGUUUUCCAACUGUUUGUUGAGAAACAGAUAUUGUCUAAGUAUAAUGUUUUACAAAGAAAUUUGUCGUCAAAUUUUCGUAAUGUGAAUUUUUCUGGAAAAUUGUUGAAAAUGUAAGAGUCUUAGUCGAGCUUGGUGUACUGUUCCACCGCAGAUGUCCCUAACGUAUUUACAACUACAUAGCUGGCUGGUUCCGUUGUGACUUCUUGUCAAUAUUUUGUCCAAAUAGUUUCGAUCCGUUAAAACUUUUUUGUUUUGAUUCUGCGUCUAGUCACUCAGGAUCGAAAGACAUUUGCAAAACAAGAAAACUUUUAUCAGGGGAACGUAAAACAAUUUUACUGCAUAUCAGAUGACUACAUUAUAUUUGUUUUAUUCUUUUUACUUCAGCUCGAUGGUUGUUUCCAUUUGAUAGAGAUUAUACAAGAAAUUAUUACAAAUUUUAUGGAGAUGAUGGUAAAACAACAUUAAAUUUUACUCUGAUGUACAAAAACGAACGUUUUGAAUACUUUGAUUUAACCGAUGAAUUUGAUGCUCAAAUGAUUCAUCAACGAUAUUACAUCGGCGACGACAAUAAUACGAAAUACACAUUCACUAUCAUAUUACCGAAUAAAAAUAUUAAACUAUUGGAUGUUGAAAAAAAAUUAAAAACUAUCAUAGAUUAUUCACUCGUCAUUCAUUAG